ACAGAAGACAAAAUAAUUAGUCAUGUUACUCGUACAUUAAUCUAUAAAUUGAAACCUAUUUAUGUCAAACAGCUUUUCCAAGCCUACAUUAAACUGUAUUUCUAAGAGGACUGGCUGCAGAGGUAGUGGCAAUAUUUAUCAUUGCAGGGAGUUUAUGUGGUAUACUGAGAGCGAUACACAUUUUGCUUUCCUCUCCCCGCUCUCCAGUGCAGCCAGUUCUGUUCAGUCCACGUGUUUCCUGUUUCCUCCACCCUGAACCGUUAUGCAAGUUUACAGAUGAGUGUAACCAACAUCCUGUGAUGUGCAAAUGCUCUCAAGCCCCAUUCACUGCAUAUCAGUGAGUGAACAUGAAGAAAGGGGAACUCCAUUUUGGUUUAGAUCAGUUCCCAGCUACUUCGCUGUUUGACAAAGUGAAACUAUUUGACAUUCACUGUCUCUGAGAGGUGAAAUGGCGCAGCGAGGAAUUCAGAUGGACCAGGAAAAUCUCUGCUGUUCGAUCUGUCUGGAUCUACAGAAGGAUCCCGUGACUAUUCCCUGUGGACACAACUACUGUAUGAGCUGUAUUAAAAGCUACUGGGAUGAAGAGGAUCAGAAGCAAAUCCACAGCUGUCCUCAGUGCAGACACACCUUCAUGCCGAGGCCUGCUCUGGUGAAAAACACCAUGUUUGCAGAUUUAGUGGAGGAACUGAAGAAGACAGGACUCCAAGCUGCUCCAGCUGAUCACUCUGCCAGACCUGAAGAUGUGGCCUGUGAUGUCUGUACUGGGAGAAAGCUGAAAGCUGUGAAGUCCUGUCUGCAGUGUCUGGUGUCUUACUGUGAGCAGCACCUCCAGCCUCACUAUGAAUCCCCUGCCUUUGAAAAACACAAGCUGGUCGGCCCCUCCAAGAAGCUUCAGGAGAACAUCUGUACUCGUCACAACAAGGUGAUUGAGAUUUUCUGCCGCACUGAUCAGCAGUGUAUCUGUUAUCUGUGCUGCAUGGAUGAACAUAAAGGCCACGACACAGUUUCAGCUGCAGCAGAACAGACUGAGAGGCAGAAAGAGCUCGGGGUGAGUCGACAAAAGAUCCAGCGCAUAAUCCAGAACAGAGAGAAAGAUGUGACGGUGCUUCAGCAGGAGGUGGAGGCUAUCAAUCACUCUGCUGAUAAAGCAGUGAGGGACAGUGAGAAGAUCUUCACAGAUCUGAUCCGUCUCAUUGAGAAAAGAAGAUCUGAUGUGAAGCAGCACAUCAGAUCUCAGCAGAAAACUAAAGUUAGACAAGUCAAAGAGCUUCAGGAGAAGCUGCAGCAGGAGAUCACUGAUCUGAGGAGGAAAGACACUGAGCUGGAGAAGCUCUCACACACAGAGGACCACACCCAGUUUCUACAGAGCUACCCCUCACUGUCACAUCUCACUGACUCUGAAGACUCAUCCAGGAUCAAUAUCCGCCCUGUGCGACACUUUGAGGAUGUGACUGCAGCUGUGUCAGAGGCCAGAGAUAAACUCCAGGACUUUGUUAGUGAUGUGUGGACCAAGAUCUCACUGACAAAGACUGAAGUGAGUGUUUUGCUGGCACAACCUCAGCCCAAGACCAGAGCUGAAUUCUUACAGUAUUCACGUCAGAUCACACUGGAUCCAACCACAGCAGACAGCUUGGUCGUAUUAUCUGAAGGGAACAGAAGAGCAACAGUGAGAGGACCAGGACAUGUUCUGAGAAUGAUAUUUCUACAGUUACUAUUGUCCUCUCCACCAGGUUCACACAGUGACAUCAUCAGACUUCAGGUCCUGAGCAGAGAGAGUCUGACUGGACGAUGUUACUGGGAGGUGGAGUGGAGUGGACCUAGAGUUUCAGUAGCAGUCACAUCUGCACAUAGGAGAAGACCAGUAUAUGAAACUGCAUUUGGGAACAAUGACACAUCUUGGGCAGUAUAUUGUUUGAUGAAUCAUUAUCAGUUCAGACAUAACAACAUCAGUACUCUCAUCUCAGGCCCUCAGUCCUCCAGAGUGGGAGUGUACCUGGAUCACCCUGCAGGUAUUUUGUCCUUCUACAGAGUCUCUGACACCAUGACUCUCCUCCACAGAGUCCAGACCACAUUCACUCAGCCUCUCUAUGCUGGACUUGAGCUUUUUUAUGGAGCCACAGCUGAGUUCAGGUAGACAGAAAUUAUUGGGUAGACUGGUGAGAUGCUGUUUUGUAUUGAAAUAGAUUUUUAUUCUCUCUCUUUGUUGCUCGCCUCUGUUUUCUGUGACGUUCCAACACAUCCUACUGAAGAAUAUGUAAAUGUACCUUUGAUUCUCUGUUGAUAUUGUUUGAGUUUUGGAAAGUUUUUGUGAACUCAAUAAGCAUUUUGUAAAAAUUUGAGUUCUUCCAUUAUUAUUAAAAAUGGCAGCAAUGCAGUAUGUUGUUGUUGUUUUAGUGUAUGUGUUAUAUAUUGUUGUUAAACAAAUCAAUGAAAUAAUCCAAUAAUCGUUAGUUGCAACUCUAAUUCACAUAUUUAUUGUCAUUGUCAUUACUUUGAUACUGGUGAUACUGGUGAUACUGGUGGAUUCCUCCCCUCCCACAAGGAAGACAUGUUGGCUGUAGAGACUCUUUUAUUUUUAAGACGUGAAUAUGUAGAUAGAAAGAUUGAACCAGUCCUAACUAACAUUUACUGACUGUAUGAACAAGCUGAAUCAAUAAAGUUU